AUGUCGUUACCACCAAUAAUGCCUGCACAACUAGACAAUGAAAUUCGAAGAAUUUUUCAUGAUGAAGAAUUUGAAGAAAUUGAACACAAACUUAAUUAUGUCUUUCAAAAUAAAGCAUAUCUUGUUUCAGCUUAUACUCAUCCAUCUAAAUCUAACAAUUGUUUAUUAAUUUCAUAUGAACGACUAGAAUUUUUAGGUGAUGCUCUUCUCGAUUUUCUUGUCAUCCGUCAUACAUUUCUUAAUUACGAUAGAAAUCUGACACCGGGUCGAGUAACUGAUAUUCGACAAGACUUAUCAAAUAAUAAUCGUUUAGCAUAUAUAUUAGUUUCAUCUAAUCUUCAUACAAAAAUUCGUCUUAAUUCAAAUGAACUUUCAAAUCGUAUUAAAUCCUAUUUAAAUAAUAAAAAUAUUUUUCCAAAAACUCAAUCAACCAAUGAUAGAUUAAACGAAAAUAUUUCUCAAUGGACUGAUACGACAGCACCAAAAAUCUUAGCUGAUGUAUUUGAAGCACUUAUUGCUGCUAUCUUUUUUGAUUCUGGUAAUUCAUUAGAAAUUGUUUGGAAAAUUAUUGAACCAUUUCUUGGAACCCUUUUUGAUCGUUCUAUUAUUGAUCCUAAUUUAAAUUCAAUCCGAUCAUUCAUAAAUAAAGGUGGUAAAAUACUCGAAGAAUUUGUCGAUGAAACUGGAGCUGUUUGUCUUGUUCAAAUGCCAGAUGGUUCACUCUAUGAAGGGCAUGGCAAAAAUAAAAAACUUGCUAAAUAUGAUGCCUGUCAACAGGCAAUAAAUAAUAAAAAUUAA